AUGGCUUUCCUCCUGAUUUCCAGCUUCCUCGUCUUCUGGAACAUCUGCGAACUCUCCGGGAACCACGUCAACGACCUCUGUCAAUCAAGUCACGACAUCAAAUUCUCCAUCUUCUUCGCCUCCAGCAUCGAGCUCCACAACUUCUACAAGUGCUGCAACAACGACUACCGGUGCCACAGGUUCUACCACGACCAAUGCGGCCAGUUCGAGCUCGGGCAGCACCGCAUCCUCAAGUGCCAACUCGGGCCCAACUACCUCGAGCACAAGCUCGACAGCUACUACCUCGGCUGUGGGGACAUCUACUACAACAACAGGCAGCGCUGGGACGAGUUCUUCUUCUACGGGUUCGACAACAUCAAGUACUUCCAGCACUACGAGUGUCGCUGGUACAGGCUCCACGAGCUCGACCGCCGGCACGGCCUCAGGCUCUGCCAGUACGGGGUCGACCGGAUCAACCACCUCCAGCGUUACCACGUCGACCGCGACGAGCUCGACGGGACAAAUUACAUCCUCGUCGACGACAUCCGUCGCGCCGUCCUCGGCACCAUCCACGACUACUGCGCAAGCCACGACAGCUUCGACGACGACUACAUUGUCGCCGCCCUCCACACGGUGCCAGUCGCACUCAGUUCCGUCGCGCAGGCAGCUGUGGGCACCUUGUGCUCUGGGGUCAAUGUCAGUCCGGCGGUUAGCCAGCCACUGCCCGUAACGACUGGUGCCUAUAACUACCAAAAGGUGCAGCUGAACAGCUUCCCAAGUGUUUAUGAGGUCGAAUGCUGGAUGAAUGCGGGCAGCACGGGUGGAACGGUUACUAACAUGCCCGGGCAAUAUUUCUCUCUCGAGAGCUGUAUGGACGCUUGCUCGGCCGCUGGACCUGGAUCAUGCCUUGUUGCUUACUGGGCCUCAACCACCAGGAUCUGCUCUCUUUACAGCAGGGUCAACAAUGGUGGCUCACCAAGCUUGGCUGGUGGACAGUCCCCAGCCAAGAUUGUGGGCAGUGGCGUUCGAACCGCAAGACUCCUCACUGGUCAACCAGUGCCGAAUGUGGUGGACGCAACCUAUCUCCUGGCUCCUGGUGCCGACUUGGGUCUUUGCACCAACAACAACUACCACUUGACCUUUAUCGGGGUGUACUACAACGGCGCCAGUGGGACAGGGCCUGCCACGAUCAACGUGAACCGCGACAACAUCUGGUACGCGUCUUGCGGAGCCUCAUUCCAGAACGUUCAGUCGGGGGUCCAAAUUACGCCAGUUUAUUCCAUCGCGACACCGGUUUUCGGUUUGACUUCUGCUCCAACGACGCCGGACGACUGCGCCCGAGUCUGUCAAUCCUAUCACAGCGCCUUCCUGCUCGCGGCCAACACCGGGAUUGACUGCAACCUGUGGCAGUUCGUCCCUGCAGCCACCAUCCAAUGUCAGCUCUAUCCCUCCAAUGCCGGCGUUGUAUCUGGCUCGAACCCGGCCACGCUGAGAGACGGGCAAAACAAUAACAUCUUCGCCGCUGGGCUUCUUCGGGGCAAUUCGGGGACGGAAUUCUCGUCGCAGGCGCAAUACAAGAAGCGAUCUCUCGCUGGGCGUAUGGAGUAUAAUCGGCGACAUGCUCGGGAUUCUCUGAUCGACGAUGGAAGUAUCCCGGAUGUCAUCCUCAAGCUCGACAGGAGGGCCGGGAACUGGACCGAAGUCUUGUGA